CACAACUUAAAGAGGAAACACACACGAGGUCGGAGGCUUGGGGUGCUUGGUACUUAAGAUCCCCUUUGUUCCCCCCCCCCGGUCUUCCCCAGAAACUUGAAUCAUCACACAACUUCUUUGUUCGUCAGGAGACUUAUCAAUUCAUCUCUUUUCAUUCAAUUGAGCUUCACCAUGAAGGGCUUCCAGGCCUCACUGGCAAAAUACAAUGUUGCCAACCAGCUCUAUAAAGACACGCUGCUCAAUGUCGUCUGUCUUAUUGCAGGUGUGUCCAUCUUCUUCUUUGGUUACGACCAGGGUUUGAUGGGCGGUGUCAACACCACACGCAGCUACGCCGAGCUCAUGGGCUUUGGCCACUGGGACGAAGAUCUUCAGAUUGUCGUCGUGGAUAAGCCCUUGCUUCAAGGCGGUAUUGUCGCUGUCUACUAUCUCCCUGGUACCCUCGUUGGCUGUCUCCUCGGCGGCUGGCUUGGCGAUCGCUAUGGCCGCAUCGCCACCAUCGGUCUAGGCUGCAUCUGGUGCAUUGUCGCUGCCUCGCUGCAGACCGCCGCCAUGAACGCAGAAUGGAUGUUCUGCGCUCGUGUUCUCAACGGUAUCGGCACUGGUAUCUUGAACGCAAUUACGCCCGUCUGGGCCACGGAGACGGCCUCGCACAAGUCUCGUGGCCAGUUCGUCGCUGUCGAAUUCACCCUCAACAUCUUUGGUGUUGUUGUCGCCUACUGGCUCGAAUUCGGAACUUCCAAAUACCAUGAUCCUACGUCCUCUUUCAUCUGGCGCUUCCCUGUCGCCUUCCAAAUCCUCCCGCUUAUUAUCCUGCUCUGCACCAUUUGGUUCAUGCCCGAGUCUCCUCGCUGGCUCGUCAAGGUUGGCAGGGAAGAUGAGGCCCGCUUCAUCCUCCAGAGACUCCGCGGUUCAGAGGGUGAGGACGGUGAGCUCGCUGAGGCAGAGCUGCAAGACAUCAUCAAGACUCGCGAUCUUGAGGCAGAUACCUCUGACCAGCAGAGUUACUGGGCCAUGUUCUGGGGCAUCGGCUCCGGCAAGCUGCAUACCGGCCGCCGAGUCCAGCUCGUCAUUUGGCUCCAGAUUCUCCAGGAGUGGAUUGGCAUCGCAGGUAUCACCAUCUACGGUCCGCAAAUCUUCACAAUUGCUGGUAUCAGCGCGUCAGACCGUCUCUGGGUCAGUGGUGUCAACAACAUUACAUACAUGUUGGCUACGUUAAUUUGUGUCUUCACUCUUGAUCGCAUCGGCCGUCGCUGGACGCUGUACUGGGGUGCAAUUGGACAGGGCAUCUGCAUGUUUGCUGCUGGUGGUCUCGCUCGCGCAACCUUGAAUGCUGACGCUUCCAACCGAGCCCAGAUCGGUGGUGCUGCUACAUUCUUUGUAUUCUUGUACACAGCCAUCUUCGGAGCCACUUGGUUGACUGUCCCUUGGCUCUACCCGGCGGAGAUCUUCCCGCUCCAUGUCCGAGCCAAGGGCAACUCCUUUGGCGUGGUCGGAUGGUCCAUUGGCAACGGCUGGUGCGUGCUCCUUCUGCCCACCAUCUUUGAAAGACUACACGAAAAGACACUCUACAUCUUUGGUGGCGUCAACAUCCUCGCUAUCAUAGCUGUCUGGGCACUGUACCCAGAGUCCAACCAACGAACACUCGAAGAAAUGGACCUCGUCUUUGCCAGCGACAGCAUCUGGGUUUGGGACGCUGAAAAGAACUUUGCGAAGCUUAAGGCUGAGAAUCCAGACUUGAUCACUGCCACAAAGCACGAUCGACCCCGGGACACCGAGCACGGCCUGUUUGGAUCUCGUCGCCCGAGUCGCGCCGUUGAAAACAAGGCGUCCGAGGACGAAGUGAGCGUUUCUCAUAAUUAAUAAAUGCAUUUAGCCACAUCAUGUACAUUUUAUAGUUUAUAUCCAAAUAGUCCAUGUAAUAUUCCAUACGCCUCUUCUAGCCUCAACCAGUGAUCACUUGGCCAGCUUGGUAAACAAAAGAACACAUCUAUACUGAAGUGAACAGGGUGUCUGAUGAACCUGUCAUGCAAUAUAACCCAAAAACCAUAUAUACAAAAAGUUACCACAAACCACACGUGCUCCUCUUUCUACUCAUCGUCUUCAUUGAGAUCGCCUUCUUCGUCACUGUCUGUCAAAUCGACAGCCAUCUUCUGGGCUUCAAUCUCCAUCAUCUCUCUAUAUGUGCUCCAGCUCAAGGCUAGAAAUGCAACCGUAAUCAUCAAGCCGCCAAUCAAGGCAGCAGCGCUGAGCGGCUUGCCAGUCAGGAGCCAGUCGGAUAUCGCCACAAUGAAAAUGGUAAGCAGUGCUGCCACGGAAGAGAGAACCGGCGAUGUCAGUGAAAUAAGAACAAGGAACGAGCCGCUAAACGUGGCAUUGGCCAGUACAGCUAGCAAGAUGAGAAAGCAGGUUCUGGGACCAGGGAUCUCAAACAACUCCCACCCGAACCAGUGAAGGAAUGGCAGAGGCAGCCAAAGAACAAGCAUUGUAAAUAAGCCAAUGCAUGAACCAAACGUGUUGGCAAAGAUCAUGCCACGGCCAGGAGAGACGCCGUCAGGUGGGCAUGCAAAGCGCUUAUACAAAACUUCGUACAGCCCGUACAAGACAGAUCCGAAGCCAAUGACCAGGUUGCCUGCAAAUCGCUGUGCGGCGCCAGGAUCGCUGCUAGACUCUGUACCAGGCUGCUCGGGCCCGACGUCACCAUACACGACAACUAGUACGCCAAAGAUGGCAACGAGCACAGAAAGCGACUUAUCUAGACGCAGGGGCUCCUUGAGCAGCGGGACGGAGAAUGCGUAGGCAAAGAAUGCAGAGCAGUUGUAGAUAGCAGUCAAGUCAGACGGGGUCGUCAUGCUGACUGCGAUGUACCAACUCAGACCAGCUACCGUCAGAGAUGUCGUCACAAACGCCGUCGUGCGGAACAUGUAGCGAAUAGAUCGGGAGCUGUACUGCAUACCGACGCCAAAAACGUCAAAGGUGCGCAGUUCCACCAUCAAUGCUGUAGUUCUCAGCAAAUUCACAUGGCGCCUCCAAAAGACAUCCCACGGGAUGGACAGCUUCUGCGCCCGCAGAAUCAUGAGCUGCACUGGCCACAGCACAACCCACGAGCUGUGGGUUACAUACAUCAUACAAUACGCCUUGUUCCACCCGAGUUCAUGCUGAAUGUGUGCGCUCAGUUCCGUCUGGACGCAAAAGGUAAUCAGGCUGACGACAAGAAAGAAGGCAGCGUAGGUGUACUUCUUGCGCGCCGUCUCUUCCGCAGCUACACCUCGGGGACUGUGGCCGCGCAUCGUCGAUCUGCGGCUUAGUGCUGGUCUGACCUGGCUCAUCACUGGCGGCGUAGUGUAGCUUUCGUUCUCAAACGAUCGUCCGCGCUCAACAUCGUCCGCGCGAGAGUCGGGUUCUUGAUCGUCAGGCUUGUACAGCAGCGGCGUGCCCGAUUUGCCGUCCGAUGGCCGGCGGUAGCCAGGGCGUCGAGGAGAAUCCAUGGUGACAGGGUUAUUGGCGCAUGAGUUUACUUAGACUCGGCUGGUUAGGGAAGAAGCCGUAGCGAAGGGCGCAAAAGUAGUUCAGUUGGGCGAAAAGGAUUGUGGUUGGGUUUGGCGUGAAUCCGGGGAUUUAGAUCACAUCGGCCGGUUUCGGGAUAGACAGACAGCAGCGGGCCAAUGGCAGGCGUCGGCUGAUUACGCGAACGUUACGGGUUGAAAAAGCGGUUAUAGCGAGUGUUGUCGACAAGAAUGCGAGUGUGUUGAAGGAAGAAUCGGAUGAUUUGGUUAAAAUCCCAUCCGCAGAGUUUAAG